AUGCUUCACAAGCGUUGCGGUCCAGACACAGAUGCUUACAAGAUAGCAACAGAGAAGCUUGGUCAUGAUCAUGAUGAGAAUGUUGGAGAUAGAUCUGUUGGUGAAUGCAAAUAUAUUGUGUGGGUUGCUGUUUAUGGGCUUGGAAACAGAAUACUCACUCUUGCUUCUGUCUUCCUCUAUGCUCUCUUGACAGACAGAAUCAUUCUUGUGGACCAACGCAAAGACAUAAGUGAUCUCUUCUGUGAGCCUUUUCCUGGUACUUCAUGGUUACUUCCUCUUGAUUUCCCAUUGAUGGGUAAGAUAGAUAGCUUCGACCGGGAAUACUCGCGUUGUCACGGAACAAUGUUGAAGAAUCAUACCAUUAACUCAACUAUAAUCCCAUCGCAUCUGUAUCUUCAUCUUCUUCAUGAUUACAGGGAUCAAGACAAGAGAUUCUUCUGCCAGAAGGAUCAUUCUUUAGUCGACAAAGUCCCUUGGCUGGUUGUCAAAUCCAAUCUUUACUUUAUUCCAUCUUUAUGGUUGAACCCUAGUUUCCAACCCGAACUAAUCAAGCUGUUCCCGCAGAAAGACACCGUCUUCUACCACUUANUAUCCUUUUUUGACUUACUAUUUCAUUUUCUUGCAGUAUCUUCAAAGGAUUCCGUAAAACCGAGGGAUAAACUGUUAGGAGGGCUUUUAACGGCUGAUUUUGAUGAAGAUUCUUGCUUGAGUAGGUAUCAGUCUUCCUUGUAUCGCAAACCUUCGCCUUACAACACUUCUCAAUACCUUGUCUCUAAACUUAGAAACUAUGAGAUGCUUCACAAGCGUUGCGGUCCAGACACAGAUGCUUACAAGAUAGCAACAGAGAAGCUUGGUCAUGAUCAUGAUGAGAAUGUUGGAGAUAGAUCUGUUGGUGAAUGCAAAUAUAUUGUGUGGGUUGCUGUUUAUGGGCUUGGAAACAGAAUACUCACUCUUGCUUCUGUCUUCCUCUAUGCUCUCUUGACAGACAGAAUCAUUCUUGUGGACCAACGCAAAGACAUAAGUGAUCUCUUCUGUGAGCCUUUUCCUGGUACUUCAUGGUUACUUCCUCUUGAUUUCCCAUUGAUGGGUAAGAUAGAUAGCUUCGACCGGGAAUACUCGCGUUGUCACGGAACAAUGUUGAAGAAUCAUACCAUUAACUCAACUAUAAUCCCAUCGCAUCUGUAUCUUCAUCUUCUUCAUGAUUACAGGGAUCAAGACAAGAGAUUCUUCUGCCAGAAGGAUCAUUCUUUAGUCGACAAAGUCCCUUGGCUGGUUGUCAAAUCCAAUCUUUACUUUAUUCCAUCUUUAUGGUUGAACCCUAGUUUCCAACCCGAACUAAUCAAGCUGUUCCCGCAGAAAGACACCGUCUUCUACCACUUAGCUCGUUAUCUUUUUCACCCAACAAACCAAGUUUGGGGUAUGGUCACUAGAUCCUACAAUGCAUACUUAUCAAGAGCAGACGNGAUGAAGAUUCUUGCUUGA